AUGGCUGAAAACAAUGAGAAAAAUUGGGAUCAGAGUCAAUUAAGAAAGUAUAACAUUCAAUGUGAUCAAAUUCCUAGACUUCGUUUUGAUGAUCCAAAAGUAUUGGAACUUAUUUUACAAAACAAACCAGUCGUUAUUCUCGGUUCUGAUUUAGUUAAAUCUACAGAAAAAUGGGAUUUGGAAUAUUUAGAAAAAAAUAUGGGUGACAGUGAUUUUACAGUAUUUCAAUCGAGGAAUCAUUUAUUUAAAUUUUUUGAUGAUAAAAAAGUUAAUCAAUUAUUAAGUAAUUACAAAAUGGAAUUCACACCUCCUACCAAAAGAAUAGAUAUAAAAUUAUCAGAGUUUUGCCAAAGACUGAGAGAAUGGAAAAAAGGAGAUGACAGACUAUACCUUCAGCAAUUAUUAAAUAAUACUGUUGGUCCUGCUAUUGUAGAUGAUUUUCUUCAUUUCAAAUGGGACUGGUUAUCGAAUAUUCAAAAACUUAGUAAUUGGGGUCCUUUGACGUCGAAUCUAUUGUUAAUUUCAAUGGAAGGUAAUGUUACUCCCUGUCAUUACGAUGAGCAACAAAAUUUAUUCGCUCAAAUCACAGGAUAUAAAAGAUGUAUUUUAUUUCCACCCGAACAAUUCGAAUGUCUUUAUCCUCAUCCAGUGUAUCAUCCACACGACAGACAAAGUCAGGUUGAUUUUGAAAAUCCAGAUUUAAAAAAAUUUCCUAAAUUUAGUCAAGUCAAAGGUCAAGAAACUGUACUCGGACCAGGUGAUGUCCUUUACAUCCCAAUUUAUUGGUGGCAUCAUAUUGAAUCAUUAAUGAGAGGAGGUUAUACAUUUUCAAUAAAUUUUUGGUACAAAGCUGGGCCAACGGGACCAAUAACUUAUCCAUUAAAAAGUCGACAAAAAGUUGCAAUCAUGAGAAAUGUAGAAAAAAUGGUUAUAAAUGCUUUGGCAGAUCCACGAGAAGUUGGACCUUUGUUCAGAGCAUUAGUUUUAGGAAGAUACGCUGAAGCAUCAUCGAAAAUUGACGAUAAUAAUUGA